GGUGGUACCGCCUCUCGUCUUCUUCCACACAAACGGGAACCUCAUCAUAUAUAUACAACAACAGCAACACACGCAUCGACAUAGCUCCUUAAUUCCCAAAUUCAACGAAUUAGGGCAAAUUACGAAGAUGUUUAAGCACGUCGGAAAUCGAAUUUUGGGGCUAGGGCAACGAUCGCCGGUGACGCGAGGGGUUUUGACCCGGCUCUAUCAUGAAAGAGUGGUGGACCAUUACAAUAAUCCCCGAAACGUUGGGUCCUUUGACAAGAACGAUCCCACUGUAGGUACGGGUCUUGUCGGAGCUCCGGCUUGUGGGGAUGUGAUGAAGCUUCAAAUCAAGGUCGAUGAACAGACAGGGAAAAUUACGGAUGCUUGUUUUAAGACCUUUGGUUGUGGCUCUGCAAUUGCUUCUUCAUCCGUCGCUACUGAGUGGGUGAAAGGAAGACAAAUGGAGGAAGUACUGUCCAUAAAGAACACGGAGAUAGCAAAACAUCUCUCCCUCCCACCUGUUAAACUGCACUGCAGUAUGCUUGCUGAGGAUGCAAUUAAGGCUGCUGUGAAGGAUUACGAGGCGAAGAAGGCAAAAUUUAAUGGCAAAGCAGAAAAUGCAUCAUCCGAAAAAGCAGUUUGAUAUACUAGCUGAGAAACGAAGGAUGAAGUUGGGCAUAAGAAUACAUAUAUCCUGGAUUUUCAUAGAUGUAAAUUAGUUGUCUGACUGUUGGGUUUGUAAUGUUGUUACUUUGUUUGAAGCGUGGAUCUUGCUUUUGCGAGUUUCUGUUAUCCACGUCGCUUAGACGUUGUCUAAGCUACAGAAUCCUGUUCCUAUGUUUUUUCAAAUAAUGAAGAUGAUUUAUUAGAGCCCGUGACCAAGAUGUAGUAGAUGCAUCACCUGUGUCACAUAGUUGUACUAUUGCAGUGAAUAAGCUUGAAGCUUUGUAUAUGUAUUUCUUAACUAAAAACUUGAAUUAUUAUUUUUAAAAAUAAAACAGUUACCGUUUA